AUUACGUUUUCUCUUCCCUCAUUGGCUCAAGUGAUCGAGACUCGCCCACCUUUUCCGGCUGCUGCGUGGACACCGAGACUCUACACGAGUUGCGAUUGGCCAUCUACCGUCCGAGCCUUUGUUUUGGGGCAGGGCACGAGACGCGGAGGAGUGGAGUUGUAAACUAAAGCGCGUGCAUUUUUCAGCACCAAUACCGCGUGGAUAGCAGCCAAACUGACCAGAUAGAUAGUUGUUGCAUCGGUUAGCUUGUUUCAGUUUAGCUGUUUUGAUAGUCGCUGUUGCGUUGAAAAAGAAACUUUUUUUUUUGUAUCGGUUUCGACUCCUCAGCCGGGAACCCGAAGCGGCGAGGCUCUAGCUUUGUUUGCCUCGGUGGCAGGAAAGCUGCGUCUCGGUCGAAAGGGAGGCGAAAACACCCUCAUUUUCUUCCUCUCUGUCUCGAACUAGUUUCUUUCUUUUUUCUCUCUCUCUCGCUUGGAGUUCGACGAUCCAAUCCACGACCAGACUAAAUGGCCGGAAGCAACGGAAAACAAAGGUACUGAACAGUUUUCACCCGAGCCGGUUCGGUCCAGACAGCGGUUGAGCAAGUGGUCUUGUUUUUAAGCCACAUUUUCAGCCAGCUCUCACCGCUCGCCUCCAUUGUGAGAGCAUCUCUGCCGCCCGAAUCCCGCGCUCCCACCACACACCUGCCUGCCACCCCCCCCGCCCACCACCUCUCUUCACUCCACGGCGUAUUUUUCAGCUGUUUCGCUAGCAAAUCCACACUACAAACAAUGUGCUCUCGGGUUUGGUUCGUGACCGACCGGCGUAUCAGCCAGGAGUACCCUCAGGUCCAGAUCCUCCGGGCUCUGAAGGAGCGCUGCGCCGACGAGGAUGUUGAAUUCCGCUACCUUCUCAUGGAUCAGAUCGUGCUGACGAUCAGCCAAGGGCAGCUAGGUCUGCGGGUGGAGCAGGAAUUGGUGACAUCUUAUCCUCAGGUGGUGCUAGUGCGAGUCCCCACGCCCUGGGUGCAGUCGGACAGUGACAUUACCGUGCUGCGCCACCUGGAGAAGAUGGGCUGCCGGCUGAUCAACCGGCCCCAGGCCAUACUCAACUGUGUCAACAAAUUCUGGACCUUUCAGGAACUGGCUGGCCAUGGGGUCCCUCUUCCCGACACCUACUCUUACGGGGGGCAUGACAACUUCCGUAAGAUGAUCGACGAGGCAGAGCCGCUGGGAUACCCGGUGGUGGUGAAGAACGCACGUGGCCACAGAGGCAAGGCUGUGUUCCUGGCGCGCGACAAACACCACCUGACGGAUCUGUGUCACUUGAUCCGCCACGAUACCCCCUACCUGUUUCAGGAGUACGUGAAGGAGUCUCACGGCCGCGACGUGCGGGUGGUGCUGGUGGGCGGCCGUGUCGUUGGCUCCAUGCUGCGCUGCUCCACCGACGGACGCAUGCAGAGCAACUGCUCCCUGGGUGGCGUGGGGAUGAUGUGCCCCCUGAGCGAGCAGGGCAAGCAGCUGGCCAUCGAGGUGUCCAACAUCCUGGGCAUGGACGUGUGCGGCGUCGACCUCCUGCAGCUCAACGACGGCUCGUUUGUGGUCUGCGAGGCCAACGCCAACGUGGGCUUCAUCGCCUUCGACCAGGCCUGCGGGAUCGACGUGGCGGGGAUUAUCGCUGACUUUGCCCUCUCCACGCUUCCCAGCCGCCUGACUCGGAAGAUGUCGCUGCUGUCCGUCGUGUCCAGCACCAGCGAGACCAGCAGCGAGCCCGAGGUGUGCAUGGUGAACGCGGGCGGAGGCUCCCUGCCGGAGGCCGUCUGCAACAUGAGCGUGGGCUCGUCUUCCAGCGAAAGCGACCCCGAGCUGGCCGAGCCCUCGCAGUCGUCGCCUCGCCGCUCGCCGGCCUCUGCCCUGUCCGACCUCCCCGACCUCGCCGACGCAGCGUACAACUUCAACAACCUCCUGGCCAAUGAGAUCAAGCUAUUGACUGAGUGAGAAUCGAACAAAUUCGCAUACACGCCACAAUCACACACACACUGCGCAUACACUUGUCCAAGCAUUCGUUUAAAAUAAAGAAACAAACAACUACGCACAUAUCACUCUGAAACAGAUGUUCAUGACAAAAAACAGCUGAGAGAAACAGAUCACACAUUCUGACACAGCAGAGACAAACAUCCAAACUGGAGCCUUCCCCUGAUGAGCAAAAAGAUCUACGGCUGCUCCCCUGACUCUCCUUUCUUUGCAUUUUUUUCAAAUCCCACGGAGGCAUGUAAAAUCCAUGUAUGCUGUCAACUUAUCACAGAGGCAUACAGCAUAUGAGAUAACUGCCAAAACUGGCCUCUUCUGGUGUAUAUUUGUUUUUAUGUUGGGGUGGGUAAAGAAUUUUAGUAAAUGCCAUGUUUUUAACCCUCCUCACAAUGCAAAAAAAAAAUGCAAAUAAAGGUUCUCCUGGUGUGGCAAGGUUUGGUUGAUGGCGGGCAAAAUGAAGUAUUUUUAGGUUGAAUGUACCCUGACGCUAGGCAUAUCGUUCUGUCGGUUCCUACUUAGCAGUGAAUCGCUCCUGAAAAUGACAGAUAACAAGACGGAGAGACCAAACUGCAGGUGUGCAAACUUUUACGUCAGAAAGUAGUCGUCCUGUUCUGCUAAAACUCAUACAUCGAGAUGCUUUCACAACAUUUUUCAGUUUACAUUUUAGAUUGUGUGUUGGAUUAGCAGCAGCAGCUAUCUGCUUUUUUAAAAUAAUAAUUAAAAAAAUCUCACGAAAUGCCUAGCACUUUAUUAAAACAGCUUUGUCAUUUUCUCUCCUAGACGACAUUUUUUAGGAAAGAUGAGAGCAUAUUCGAGUCGUGUCAUCACCUGAAAGCAAAAUAUACCUCAGAACAGAGAUGUUUCACUGCCAUAGGACAUCACAGACACAUACAGAACAUAUCAGCUUAGGCCCUAACACCUUACAGACCUGGUGUCCCUUCCUUUCAUGUCUAGGACCUGAAAUAUAACUGUGUGUAACAUUUAUGUUAUGUUAGAGGUGUUUUUUUUUUUUUUUUUUUUUGUAAAUAUUAGAUAGCGAAAUUUAACUUCAUGGCUUAUUAGUAUGCAGCUGAUGAAACUGGAACAGCCGGACAGAAAAAAAAAUGGCCAAGGUUGCUUUUUUUUAAUUAUUUUUAUUAUUAUUAUUAUUUUUUUUUAUUUUAUAAGCUACUGUGGACAAACUAGAUUGUACAGACCUGUGACUUUAAAAGGCUCCGAAGCUGCAAUUUGGUGCUAACAGUCGUGGAUCCGGUUAGUUCACAGUCAUGUUAACUCUAGAUUUUUAUUGUUCUCAUAAAUCCUCUGUUAGUUGUUGAAGAAAAUCAACCCACCUUGUAAAGAAAAAG